AUGGUUGCAUCAACAGUGCCAAAUGGAGACGAAGCUUAUGCUGUGUUCACCAGCAUUGGGGGGGAGAAUGACGCAAGAAGACUCCGGGAGCAAGAACGGGAGGAAGAGCACCGUCGAGAAAAGGAGCGAGAAGCACUAAAACAGGCAGAGAAGACAAGCAAGCAGGUGAUUCUUCUGGUUGUGCUAGUCUUGAUUGCUGGAGCCUACCUUGCUGGGGCCUUCCUUGUUGGAGCUUACUUUGGCGCCCCAGGUAUUUCAAAGGGAGGUGACGCUGCUGCUGUGAAUGAGGGAAACGACCAGAAACCUGCUGAUGAUACAACAUCCGAAUCUCCUUCAAGUGAUCCGACCAUGGCAGCAACCAACCCCCCGUCGCUUUCCCCACUUUAUCCAAGAAAUACACUCGAUGAUUGCGAGAGAAUUGCUCGUGGUGUGGAUGUGAGUUUGCAAUCUGAACUCAUUCCCAAGUUUUUUGAUAUUCGAAUGGAUGUCUCGCUGACCCUGCAGCUCUCGGACUUGUCUGAGGUCGUAGAAGAAAUGGAAUUGAGAAUCCAAAGAAUCUUGGGCCCAAGGCUAGCUGACUGUCCGAAUGCUCGACGAUUGCGACAAACAGAUUGGAAGAGACGACUACAAAUUGAAACAAAUGUCAUUGGUAACGCGAGAUUUAAUGCCGAGUACCAGCCAGAUCAGUCCUGUGAUGCAUCAGCUCCAUCUCCUUGUAUUCGGGUUGUGACAAAGUUGAAUCUCUUCUUGAAAGGCGAAGAAGAUACGCUACCUUUGGCGAAUCGAAUCACUUCGCGCUUUGGAGAACAAGAGUUGACAGAGACUCUUGGAUUGACUGCUCCUUUCAAUAAGAUCGAAGUUGUCGGCGUCACGGCUGCUGCGCCAAAUUGA